CUCACACCAUCUCUCUUAUCUUCACAGUUUCAACUUUUCUUUCAGAUUAAAUUGAAUAUAUAAAUAUGUGAUUGUUCUUUUCAUUAUUUGUACUCAUAACCUACUUGAAUUAUUGGUCUCUUGAAUAGUUUUUAAGUUACAGUUCAACUGUACGGAUGUAAUUCUUGUGAUGUUCAAGAACUAUUAAAUAAUAAGAGAAAUGAAUUUUGAGGAGCAAGAAGAAGAAAUGGAGAUGUCGGGUGUUCAUCCCUCUGGCGGUUACGACUCUCUGAGCGGUGAGGGAGCCACGUCCAGCGGCGGUGGCGGAGGAGGAAGGAGAACUAGCGUUGGAGAGAAGACAAGGUAUAGAGAGUGCUUGAAGAAUCAUGCCGUUAACAUCGCUGGCCACGCCGUUGACGGCUGCUGCGAGUUCAUGCCUUCAGGUGAAGAUGGUUCGCUCGACGCUCUCAAGUGUGCAGCUUGUUGCUGCCACCGCAACUUCCACCGUAAGGAAACCGAAAUGAUCAGCGGCAGGGCCCACAUAGUUCCGACGUACUUCAACCGCCCGCCUCAGCUGCCGCCGCCAGGAUACAGGCAACCGGCUGCCUCGGCGGACGAGGAGGAUACAUCUAACCCGAGCAGCAGCGGCGGAACCAAGGCUAAGAGGUUUAGAACGAAGUUCACGGCGGAGCAGAAGGAGAAGAUGUUUGCAUUCGCGGAGAGGUUAGGGUGGCGGAUGCAGAAGCACGAUGACGUGGCGGUUGAGCAGUUCUGUGGAGAGACGGGUAUUAGGAGACAAGUGAUUAAAAUCUGGAUGCAUAACAACAAGAACUCUCUUGGUAAGAAACCCUAAUUAUUCUCCGACAUAUGGUUUAAGUACAAGAGGGAUCAUCAUUGCUUCUUUUCUUUUUGGUAAUGACUCUUUUGUAACUAGCUACUUGUACUUCUGGACAUGCUUUCUUCUUCUAGUUAAUAAUUUAAUCUAGUACUUUGGAAGGGUUUAAGACGAUUGUGAUUAACUACUCCAACUUUGGUUUGAAUGGUUAAGUUGAUAAAUCUACCUCCUAUAUUA